AUCACUAGAAGCCAAAAUGCGGUAUGCGAUCGCUCGACCAAGCGAGUAUCUCGUGCUCACGGGAGCCGGGAUCGAUGAUAUUCGCAUCGCCAAAAAAGCCAUCGUGAUGCCAUGGCAGCGGUGCGCAAGGUUCUCGGUAGCGCCUUUCGAUUUCUCGCUUAACCUUCAAGCGAUGACCGUCGAAAAACUCCAGUUUGCCCUACCAGCAGUAUUCACCAUUGGGCCCGAAAAUGACCACGAGGCUCUGAGGAAGUAUGCGCUGCUUCUGUCCGGGAGCACGGAGGAGCACAAUAUGGCCAGGAGGGAGAAUAUUAAUUCCCAGGAGAGAAAAGACCACGUGCAGGACAUCGUCAAGGGAAUCAUUGAAGGCGAGACUCGUGUUAUUGUCUCCAGCAUGACGAUGGAGGAGAUCUUCAAGGAGAGACUGGUUUUCAAGAACAAUGUCAUUGAUAAUGUCCAGAAGGAGCUGAAACAGUUCGGCUUGAAGAUUUACAACGCCAACGUCAAGGAGCUCCAAGAUACGCCCGGCAGCGAAUACUUUGCGUUUCUGAGCCGAAAAGCCCAUGAAGGAGCCCUCAACCAGGCCAAGAUCGACGUUGCCGAGGCACGGAUGAGGGGUGAGAUAGGAGAGGCCGAAAAGAAAGGAAGAACGAAGCAAGAGAUCUCCAAGAUCGACGCAGACACUGCCGUUCUGGAAACCAAACGAAAAGCCGAAAAGGCCAAGGCAGAUUCGGAGCUCAAGAAUCGUCAGACAGAACUGGACACAAGUGUCAAGCUUGCUCAGAUCGUAGCACAGCGCGAGACGGAGGCGAGAGAUGCAGAGUUGAAGAAAAAGGUCGAGAGCACGCGUGCCGAAACCGAGCUCGAGCGUCUUAGAGCUGAUCAAGUGACGAAAAGCAAAGUUGAACGUGAAUCUGCUCAGGAAAAAGCAGAUGCUUCAUUUUACACGGAGCAGAAGGCAGCCGAUGCGCGCUUGUACAGGCAGAAGAUAGAAGCAGAUGCGGCCUGUAUGAUUCAUUUCCCAAAUACAACCAAGCUAGCUGACCCUUGCUCUAGUUUAUCGCCAAAAGCAGGAUGCCGACGCAGCCUUCUACCAGCAGAAACGUGAGGCUGAAGGAAUCAUGGAGAUGUCCAAAGCUUACGGGUCUCUUGUCAACGUCCUUGGGGGACCUCAGGCCUUCUUGCAAUACCGCAUGCUGGAAACGGGCACGUAUGAGAAGCUGGCCAAAGCAAAUGGCGCUGCUAUUAAUGGCCUUCAACCCAAAAUCACCACUUGGACUACGGGAGGCAAGACAGACGAGCCCGGCGAAGGGUUGGGAUCUAUCCAAAACAUUAUGCAGAGCCUUCCGCCUCUGCUCAGUACCAUCCAUGAUCAGACUGGGAUUAGCCCUCCAUCAUGGUUAGCCCAAAUGCCGCCCAAGGGCCAUGUCAACGGGUCACAACGCCAAAGCAGUCAAGGGGCGCUCUCAUGAGCACUCAGUCGGCUCCACAGUUGGCUCGAAUCAAGCGAACUGAUUGACUCGAGUCCUAUGGAUGGCAGUGUGCGAUGCGCUCGUGGCUAUUUUCGUUCCUUUCUUUUUUUUUCUCAUUAAUUUCAGUGUUGUUGCUUUCCGGCGUGGCGGUUAUUGGCGAACUAUUGAUGAUUAUUUGCUUCGAAAAAUAGACGGAGUGACCCUCUCUAUCAUGAUGAGAAAUAGUAGUAAGUAG